CGGAAGUUCUCAGCUCCUCGGCACGGACACCUGGGUUUCCUGCCCCAUAAACGGAGCCGGCGUCACCGGGGCAAGGUGAAGACAUGGCCACGUGAUGACCCCAGCAAGCCCGUGCACCUGACGGCAUUCCUGGGCUACAAGGCGGGCAUGACACAUACCCUACGCGAGGUGCACCGGCCAGGCCUCAAAAUUUCCAAGCGGGAGGAGGUGGAGGCAGUGACCAUAGUGGAGACUCCGCCCCUUGUGGUGGUGGGCGUGGUGGGCUACGUUGCUACCCCUCGAGGCCUUCGGAGCUUCAAGACCAUCUUUGCGCAGCAUCUCAGCGACGAGUGCCGUCGGCGCUUCUACAAGGACUGGCACAAGAGCAAGAAGAAAGCGUUCACUAAAGCCUGCAAGCGGUGGUGUGAUGCUUCUGGCAAGAAGCAGCUCCAGAAGGACUUCGCGGCCAUGAAGAAGUACUGCAAAGUCAUCCGUGUCAUUGUCCACACCCAGAUGAAGCUGCUGCCCUUCCGGCAGAAGAAGGCUCACAUCAUGGAAAUCCAGCUGAAUGGUGGCACGGUGGCCGAGAAGGUGGCCUGGGCCCAGGCGAGGCUGGAGAAACAGGUGCCAGUGCACAGCGUGUUCAGCCAGAGCGAGGUCAUCGAUGUCAUCGCUGUCACCAAGGGCCGCGGUGUCAAAGGGGUCACGAGCCGCUGGCACACCAAGAAGCUGCCCCGGAAGACCCACAAGGGACUCCGUAAGGUGGCCUGCAUUGGGGCCUGGCAUCCAGCCCGCGUGGGUUGCUCCAUUGCUCGGGCUGGACAGAAGGGCUACCACCACCGCACAGAGCUCAACAAGAAGAUCUACCGCCUAGGCCGUGGGCCACACAUGGAGGAGGGGAAGAUGGUCAGGAACAACGCAUCCACUAGCUAUGAUGUGACCGACAAGACCAUCACGCCUCUGGGUGGCUUCCCUCAUUAUGGAGAGGUCAAUAAUGACUUUGUCAUGCUCAAAGGCUGCAUUGCAGGGACGAAGAAGAGGGUCAUCACGCUGAGGAAGUCCCUCCUGGCGCAUCACAGCCGCCAGGCCCUGGAGAACAUUGAGCUUAAAUUCAUUGACACCACUUCCAAAUUUGGUCAUGGUGGCUUCCAGACUGCACAAGAAAAGAGGGCCUUCAUGGGCCCCCAGAAGAAGCAUCUGGAGAAGGAAAAACCAGAGACCUCCGGAGACUUGUAGGGCUGUGGGAUGAUCAGAAGAGCA